UUGCUUACAGAUGCCGAAAUCUCGCGAGACACGAUGAAGUAUGAAUGAGAUCCGAGUGCACGGCCUACUGUUGGAGAGAUACAACACUCAGUUUCAGGGACUACUUCACAAACUCAUCAGACCGGCUGCAGGAACAGUAUGCAGCUACUCUAACAACCUCGCCAACAGACCCCUUAACAAUAGUAUGCACCGACCCCUCAAACUAAAGAUCCAAAAUGCACUUAACCAAGUGAUACUAGGCGAUGCCGAGUCUCGUGGACUCUUUGUAGGAGGAAGACGUAGAAACCGAAAGAAGAGGAGGAGUAGGAAUGUCAAAGAGAAGAAGAAGGCGAGGAAGUGUGACGGGGGGAAAGGUUCCCCAGUGGUGGUGAGAUGCAACAAUGAACAAACUGUUGUGCCGGCGGACGAGCGGCCCCUCAUUGAGUCGGACUUCGACUCCACACUUUCACUAGCUGUCACUGACGACUUGCACUACGUGGAUGAUUUACCUCCCCUUAUCGACACCGAAGAACAGGACAAUUUAGACCCAGAGGAGAUGCCUUUCGGAUUCCUGAAGCGAAAGAACAAAGAAAAUUAUGAUAAGGGUGUCAUUUUGGAAGAGGAGGUAAAGCUGGCUGACGAGUCGGCAGUCGCAGAACAGGACGUGACAAAUUCCGAACAACUUCCGGAGGCUGAGGAGAUAGAUGUUCAACAAGACGAACAAGAUAUCGUUAAUGACAAAACUCCCGAUGAAGUCCAAAACACUGAAGAAAAUGUCGAAAUACCGGAAGCAGAAGAUGCAACAGAAACCGUGACUCCGAAAGAGGAGCCUGCUAUUUUGGAGACAGAAUGCGAGGCUAGCGCUCCGGAGCCAGUUGUGGAGACCGCUGAUGAGGUGGUGCCAGCAGUUGUGGAAGUGGACCCUUUGACAGAGGACAAACAGAAGGAGAGUUCCCUGCAACAGGAAGCAGAAGACAGUCAGGACGGGACACCUAACGAGAGUACAGCCAUUGAUGAACAGGAUGGGAAAGAGGUCAAAGAAGAGCAGCCAAGGACCGCCAAUGGCAUGAAGAUCGAGGAGUCGUCUCCCCUGAUUAAGAAACAGGAGCCAGAAGUAGACAUGAAUUUCAUGUGUUGUGUUAUUCUUUAACCGCGCCAACAAUAUGCAAUACGCAAUGUCAGAUGACAAUAAAAAAAUAAAUAAAUAAUUAAACGUUGCCUUCAGCGAAACGUUAGAUAUGUAUGCGCCUUGAUAAAUUUGGCUGUGAUUAUAUUAACAGUGGUAAAUCUUAGACUAUUUCCAAACUACAAUUGGUUCUGUGGUUAAUUUAUGUGUACGUAAUUUCAAAAGAAAUUAUUUAUUAUACGAAACGUAGGAAGCUGGCAGCUGAUGUUGCUGAAAUGCUAGGAAAGCUGAGGAGUUGAUUUAGAACCAUAAGUAGUGGAGAUAUAAUCUGCUAACAUAAGAAGUACACUUACACUGUGUUAAUUAUACUAAUUACAGCCUCUGCCAUUCCCUCGAUUGAUAUCCUUUAUUGUAAUGUCGCGAUUUAUUGUCGUCAAUUCCUUUGUAGUUUAAGCAUGUUUAUAUAAAAAUAAUAAUAUUAAAAACACGUUGACCUGUAAAGCAUGAGCGCUUUCAUAAUAUCUUAAGACGCUUUACAUUGUUAGGCUUCCAUGGUUGCCUACAUAGUAACAAAGAAUGACGUCAUCGAUAAUUCAUUAUAUUAUUGAAUUAUAUAUAUUUAUAUUUAUAUAUUUAUUUAUUAUUAUCAGCAAGCAAUCGCAUGUACAUGUAAGACAAUUCUUGAUGCUAAUAUAAUGAUUAUAUAUUGACUAUAUUGUAAUCAAACUAUGUUUUAAUGGAAGAGGUAACGGGGAAAUAUCGAUUUGUUCAAUAAAGUAAGUAAUCCAGACACAUGUGGUGAUUGGUGAAAUAAUGCAAUACAUUAUGGCGCUGUAUAUCGGUUAUCUGGCAAAUAACCAAUUUACGAUGCAGAUAAAUAUAAACAAUUAAAAUUGUCAUUUUAUUAUCUUAUGGACAAUUUGUAAAAUAACUAAGAUGAUAAGAACAUCACUUGUACAUGUAUACCCAGAUAGGUUUGACAAGUUUCUAUGGCUCAGAAUAUAUUAUAUGAUACAUAUUUAACCCUGGAUCCGCCUUCCAGAUCACGUAUAACUGUCCUUAAUUGUCAAUUAUUAGUGAUCUGGAGGUAGGACCCAGCACUAAAAUAUUCAUUCUGAUUAAUAGUUAUCCUCUAUAUAUACCGAUAUUAAAACUUAAAUAAGGUAGCUAAGGUGGAAUAAAAGCGUAAUUUUUAUGACUUUCGAGAGAAUUGGAGGGCAAUAUUUUCAAUUUCUAAAUAUAAUUAGUGUUCUAUAUGUUCACUAUAUAACUGUUAACGAAAUGUGUGAUGAGAAUAAAGGUAUUCAUAUAUGCAAGAAGAUCUAAACAAUAUUACAAUGUACAAGCGGGGGAGUCGAUUGAAACUUCGUCAAAAUCCAUUUGAAUAAAACGUAUGCAAAUAAACAGUUGGUCAAAUUUAUGUAACAAAUGCUAUCAAAAUGCAUGUUUUCUUUCAUUUUUCCCAAGCAACGUUACCCAUCGGAUGACUACAAUACAAUAGAAUAUCAAUACUCGAUCGUCAUGUUAUGCGACCUUUGUAGAACUAAUAAUUAAAAGUAGAAAGUAAAUGUAGUAUUAUGUACAUGUUAGGCAGUCUGUAGGUAAAUCUUCAUACCGCAAGUUGAAAUUGGUUUCUAAGAGCACCCCCUCCCCCCCUCCCCCACAAACCCAAGCUCUCUUCCAUAAAAAAUAGUAAACUUGAGUUGUGUGAUCGCUAGGCAACCAGUGUAUACUGCUCGUCUACACUCACUAUAUAAACGUUAUCUGCUACUCCCUUUAAUAGUGUUAAUGUUAUGUUGUUUUUGCUUGAAUCGCAAUAAAGGUAUCUACCAAAUUAA